CCUCUCAUUCAAUUUGGCUGUACAGAUAAUUGUACUAUCAAUUUUUUGGAAAGUUUCCAGGAAUUGCGACGACCGCAGCUGAGAUUAGACGCGGUGUAGAGGAAAUAAUACACAAUUGCCGAGAUAUGGAUUGAGUUGGCGAGAGUGGAGGACUAGUUCGCGUCAGCUGAAGAGAUCACCGAUUGAUCAUGUACGCGAGACGUGGAUUCGCGCCUCGAGCACUCAUCGAGAAUUAUCUGUGGCGAUUAAAUUAGAUACGAUAUAACUCUGUGCGAUCUAUAUAAAGACGCAUCGCAGCGGGGAAUCUUCAGUGUGUGAACAUCAAUGGGUGGAUUAAUUCAAUUAGUGGGCAUUCUGUGCCUGGCGUUGACUUUGUCGUCUGCCAGAGAGGUGAAAUCGGCCAAUAAACAGACGGAAGACACUCAGGAUUGGUACGAGCAUGCGGUCUUCUAUCAAAUCUAUCCGCGCUCCUUCAUGGACAGCGACGGCAAUGGUGUUGGCGACAUCAAAGGCAUCACGAGCAAAUUAGGGCAUUUGAAGGAUUUGGGAGUGACUGGAACUUGGCUGAGUCCAAUCUUCACGUCUCCCAUGAAGGACUUUGGCUACGAUAUUGCGAACUUCACCGAAGUUGACGAGAUUUUCGGAACGCUGGACGAUCUCAAGGAGCUCUUUGCCACAGCCAAAUCCAUGGGCAUUAAGAUCAUCUUGGACUUUGUGCCAAACCACAGCAGCAAUCUGUGCAAGUGGUUCGAGUGGUCGGAGAACAGAGAGAAUGGCUACGAUGAUUGGUACGUUUGGGUGGACGCUAAAGAGAUCGUCGAUGGAGUUCCUGUUCCUCCGACUAAUUGGGUGAGUGUCUUCUAUGGGCCUGCGUGGACUUGGAGUGAGAAGAGACAGCAAUUCUACCUCCAUCAGUUCGACUAUCAGCAACCCGAUCUCAACUUCCGCAAUCCAGUCGUUGUGGAGGCCAUGAAGGACGUGAUGCGAUAUUGGCUGGAAAUGGGCGCCGAUGGAUUCCGCGUGGAUGCCAUCAAUCACUUGUUUGAGAAGGAGCCUCUCCAGGAUGAACCCGAGAAUUGGUGGGGCGUCACGGAUCCCAAUGAUUAUGGCUUCCUGGAUCACAUUUACACCAAGGAUCUCGACGAAACCUACGACAUGAUCUACCAAUGGCGCGAAUUGCUGGACGAUUGGCAAAAGCAGCACGGCGGCGACACGAGGAUCAUGAUGACAGAAGCCUGGGUGGAUGAUGAACUCUUCACGCGAUACUACGGCGCGUCAGGACGCGAAGGAUCGCACAUGCCGUUCAACUUUGUGCUCAUCACGCAACUCAAUGAGCACUCCAAACCGUCGGACUUCAAGAGAGUCAUCGACGAGAGACUCCGCAUUAUUCCCGAUGGCAAGUUUGCUAAUUGGGUCCUGGGGAAUCACGACAAGAAUCGCGUGGGCACGCGAUAUGGUGCGCAAAUGGUCGAAGGCAUGCUGGCUCUGGAAAUGGGUUUGCCUGGAGUUGCCGUGACGUAUUAUGGUGAGGAGAUUGGAAUGCUGGACAACAAGGCAAUCACGUGGGAAGAGACGCAGGAUCCGCAAGCGUGCAAUCCUCAGGAUCCCAGUCGGUAUCAGGAAUUGUCGCGUGAUCCCGCGAGAACACCAAUGCAGUGGGACAAUUCUGCAUAUGCGGGAUUCUCAAGUGUCACGCCUUGGCUGCCAGUCAACUCCAACUACGGGACGCUCAAUUUGGCGAGACAAUCGGGGCAAGAUCGCAGCGUCUACCACUUCUACAAGGAUUUAGUUGCAUUCCGGCAAGUGUAUGACAUAAUCUACGGCGAUUACGAGUCGAAAGUCUUGGCGGAUGACAGCAUUUUUGCGUAUCGUCGAACAAGUGAAUUCAACGGUGAGACAUCUGGCUAUGUCUUCGUCAUUAACUUCUCGGGCAGCGAACACACGCUGGACAUGACUCAGAGCUUCGACUUCUUAGCUCAACACAACAUCUAUGUUGAUUACGCGUCUUCGGGUUCGUCGUACGAACAAGGAACCAAAAUAGAUCCUGCAGCUCUCGUCGUUGGACCUUACGAUGCACUCGUUCUCGGUUCAAGCGGCGCAAAGUUGAUUAUGUCUCUCACUUUAAUCUUCGCUGUCGUCGCAAGAUUUCUAUUUCUUCAAUAAAUAGCCCAGUUGAUUUAUGAAGUAUACAUGUCUAAUUUAUAGA